CAACACUCUCCCUACCACACCGAACCAACAAGAGGAGCAAGAGGUAGCUAUAGCAGCCUAGCACACACCACCACCCACCACCACCGCGCCACAGAGCUGCCGAGAGUGUGCUGUGCUUCGCUCAUCGACCGACCGAUCGAUCUCGGCAUGGCGGACUGGGGGCCGGUGCUGAUCGGGCUGGUGCUCUUCAUCCUGCUCUCCCCGGGCCUGCUCUUCCAGAUCCCCGGCAAGGGCCGGAUCAUCGAGUUCGGCAACUUCCAGACCAGCGGCCUCUCCAUCCUCAUCCACGCCGUCAUCUACUUCGCCCUCCUCGCCAUCUUCCUCCUCGCCGUCGGCGUCCACAUUUACCUCGGCUAGCUAGUCGCCCGUCGUCGCCGCCGGGCUGAGCGAGGCUAGCUGCUGGCGCGCGGCGGCCCGGCCCGGCCUGGCUUUAUUUGACAUCAAUCUGGGUGGCUGGAUUAGGUACUGCGUGGUGCGGAGGCAUAUACUACUAUAUACAUUUACAUGUUCAUCUCCAUCUGCUUGCUAGCUGUAUGUUGAUUUAUUUAGCUACUACUUUAUCAACGACAUCCUCGAGUCCAGAUACAGUAUAUCCAAUUAAUCCCUUAUGAGCAUGCUUCUGAUAGAUGGCCAUUAAUAAUACAUAUGUCAUGUUUUUUUA